AUGUAUAAUAGAAGGAUAAAAGCUAUGGCAGCACAGUCGGUUUUGCUAACUGGCGAGUUACUUCACAUCGUAUUUUCAGAGUUUACACAUCAAGAUGAUCUAUUUUAUUGUAUGUUAGUGAAUUCAUUAUGGGCUAUGACAAUAGUACGUCUCUUGUGGAAAAAACCGAUUUGGAAAACUCACGAAUCUUAUAAAAAAUGGCUACGUACCUUAAGAUCCCCUCAUACUACUUUUAAUUAUGCAAAAAUGGUAAAUCGACUUUCAUUUCGGCCACAUCUUCGAUGUGGAAGAGAAAAAUAUCAAACUAGCGAGCUCAAGUAUAUCGCCAAUCAUUGUCAAAAUGUUAAAUUUAUCGAAUUUUAUUGUCUCCACGGUGUUUUUGAACCAACAAACGUAGCGAUGUUUCUUAAGCUUCUUCCAGAAUUGGUUUCAUUUUCUACUGAAGAUUCAUGGCAGCCUGCUUUGGACGCGACUUUACAAUCUAUAGCUGAGGGUUCAUGUCCAAAAUUAACUCACCUCGAAAUUCCUGGGAAUGGUGACACGGAGCGUUGUUCGUGGAUCCUUCAGCGUAUUGGUGAACAUUGUCCUAAGAUUGUAAUGCUGAAAACUCGUUGGGAGAUCCGAAAUUCUAAAUUAGCCCAGAUAAUCGUGAAUUCAUUUCCAAAUCUUGAAACCUUGAUUUGUCGUAAUGUUAAUUAUGAUGGUUUGAAAAUUCUACUACCUGGAUGUAGAAAACUUAAAUAUUUCGAGUUUACUUUUGCGAUAGAAUUAAACGAUGAAAUGGCAUUUUCAAUUUCACAAAUAUUUCCUCAGUUGGAAUAUUUUAGUCUAAGAAUUUUUGGUCGAAAUAAUUUCCCACGAUUCAUGUUAUCAUGGGCUCAAAUGCAAACACAACUCCGUGAAAUAGUUCUUUCUCUCGGUGAAGGUCUUACUGAUGAAUGCUUCCUUCCAAUUACAUUAUACUGUAAUAAAUUGGAAUCCGUCACUCUUUGGUGGUGUAGUGGUUUCACAGAUUUAGCAUUUCAAUCACUAGCUUACAACCGAAAUGUUGGUUUGAAACGUCUUCAAUUCUAUCAUGUCAAAGAUUUAACCGAUGCUGGCUUGAUCGCCAUUGCUGAUAAUUGUCCAAGAUUGCAAGAACUUCAUUUGAUACAUUGUGAGAGCUUAACGAAAGAAUCAUUGGUGAAAAUCGCUAGGGGUUGCAAAAGUCUUGUUACAUUUAAUGCAGAAUUCUGUUCGAGAAGAUACAACUGGCAAAUGACAUCAGCUUUUCUCUUCACUUUGGCAAAUCGUAACCGUGGUACACUUGAAGUCUUGAAAUUUAACGAUCGGAAUACAUGUAUAUCGGAAGUAGUAGAGUCUUAUGACAUGAAUCGAUUCGAUAGUACAUUAUUUGAUAGACUGGCGAAACGAUGCCCAAAACUUAGAAUAUUAGAACUACACACAUAUCACCAGGAAACUAAUCCUAACGCACUCUUCAGAUCCCUCUUAAAGUUUCGAAAUCUCGAAUUGUUGGGUAUUUAUCCAGGAGAGAAUGCGAGGAGACAGCAUCUUGAAAAGUUACAAACACAUCGACGUCUAAAAGAUGUACAAUUCUAUUUUUGUAAUAUUGAUGACGAUCUGAAAGGUUAUUAUCAGGAUCAAAGUCGAAGAAAUAGAGGUAGUUUAUAUACAAAAUUUGAGCCAGGGAAUUUUUUUACGACUAGUUCUGAAUAA